AUGCGCAGUAGAUGUGCAAAAUAACAACAUGGCGGCCACUGCUGUCUGUAUUAACCGGGGAAUGGCACAAUUUUCAUUGGCAAAACAAACUGCUUUCCCUUGCCUGGAUUGCACCAAGAAACCUUGAAAUAUUCAGACAUCUGUAGCAGUAUGGCUCUUUGCUCCCAGAGCGCGAUGGAGUUCAUUCAAGGGGUAUUUUGCCCCACUGUGGCGGUGACUUGUAGUGAAGACGCCGAGAGGCUUUGUAUGAAAAACAAGCUCUCUUUCGCGGAAAUGGCCCGUCCUUUCUGCCAGCUAACUACUGAAGCCCAUAUCAAAGACCCGUCUGGAACAACACACACUGUUAAAAAUUGGAAGCUCCGCCUCCUUGAGAUGUCAGCACCACACCCCCCUCAGCAUGUUAUUAACAAAUUGUUGAAUGAGGUUGUUCUACGUACACAACCCCUCAAGUCUGAUUCUACCUGCUAUACCCCUGAAUUCCAAGCAAAAGCAUCCACACCAUGGUUUGAAGCCUACAGGGAUUGCUUCAUCCAACUUCUCAAAACCUCAGACCAUGAGUUUAUUAGACACUUUCUAGCAUGCGUGUUUGUGGUGUCGUCGCACCACCCUGACCCCAUGAAUGCCUUCGCCACCAUGACAUCUAAACAGCUGGACCAACAGCAGUCAUCCCACAACAGCCACGUCAAGUGGUUUGGCACAGGCGUGUUCAAGUACUAUGUUCUUAUACAUGAUGUGUGUGAGGGGGUUGAGUCAAAGGCAGAUGCUGUGUACCAGAGCAUGAAGUCGGUGUAUGGCCUUCAAGCAUGUCACAUGCUCCAUAUCAACUCGAUCAACCCCUCCAUGCCAAACCCUGUACCCAACCUCCCAGAUCCCUGGAGCCAGUUCAUCAUCCCUGCAAGCACAGACACUCUGGAUUGGGAUGAAGCUGAUCGUAGUGCUGAGCUAGACGAGGAGGACCCUGAAAACUGUGCUGUCAUUGAAAACUUUGACCCUGAAACUGUUACCGAUGGCAUAGAGGAUCAACAAGAUCGCCCCAGAUCAGGAUCAAUCUUGAUUGGACCAUUAUCAUUUGAAGAUGCCGAACCAGAGCAAGAUGUUCUCACAAACUCUGUACCUCAAAAAACUGAUGCAAGUUCAAAUAACCAUCACGAGAAGCAGCACCUGGCUGGCCAUUAUCGCUACUUUUCUAGCCGUCAGUUCACAAGUGGCAUAAGGACACAGUCCAGUCAGCGCACUCAUGGCUUGUACUUGAGCCUUAGUGAUCAGGACAGAAUCAAGAUUUUUAUUCAUGAGCUGGCAUUCCGGGGUCUUCUGCCAUUCAUAGAGAGGCUUAUGAGGGUGCUGAAUGACCAGAUUAUGGCUCGGAAAGGCCUGCACCGAUCCAUAUUCUCAGCCACAAAGAAGUGGUUUGGCGGUGGUAAGCCAGCAGGACUAGCAUCUGGGCUGGUGCCAGGAAUUGUUUAUACGAAUGAUGCGCCAGAGUUGUCGUUAAGGAAGCUUGGUGACCUGGCAUUUCUGGUGCAGAACUAUGACUUGGCAUACACUUGUUACCAUGCAGCUAAAAGAGACUUCAACAGCGAACAUGUCUGGUUCUAUUUUGCUGGCGCACUGGAAAUGGCUGCUAUUUCAGUGUUCAUGGGAGGUCUUCAGAGACCCUAUCCCUCUCAUUACAUGGAGACUGCUAUCUCCACAUAUCUUACAGCCUGCAGACAGCACAUGUUUGCUAUUAGGGCAACACUGCUUAGCACGGAGGCUCUCAAAGCCAAGAACAUUCCUCUGGAUGCUGCGCUACAGUUCAUGCGGAUGACAGGCGAGGAGUCCGACUUGCUCUGUGCCUUGAUGUUGGAGCAGUCAGCUCACUGUUUCUUGCACAGUAGCCCUGCCAUGAUCAGGAAGUAUGCACUCAACAUGAUCUUGGCAGGGCAUCGCUACAGCAAGUCCGCACAGCGCAAGCAUGCACUACGUUGCUACCAACAAGCACUUAGUGUGUACAAUGGCAAGUCCUGGAUGCUUGCUGAGGAUCAUAUCAACUUUACCCUGGGUCGUCAGUCAUUUAACCUGCGCCAACUUGAUGAUGCCCAACAGUCAUUUCGCCACUUGCUUGUCUAUGAAAGCCAGCAGUCUCCUCAGCAGCAGGCGGCAUACCUCAGAGAGUUCCUCUUUGUUUUUAAGCAACUGAUGGAGACACGAGAUAAAGACAAGGCUAAAGAAGAUGUGUUACCCAACCUACCAUUACCAAUGCUGGAUUCUAAUGCAACUAGCACCAUACGCUCCUAUACCUCUCCCUCAGAUGGCAAGGAUACUGAGGGGAGGGGUGAAGUUCUUGGUCUGACGUCCUUCGAGGAGCGGUUUGAUAGUAGCCUUGCAAGUCGGUGGAAAGAUUUGGAGGAAGAGGUGUAUGAGAGUGUGAAUGUUACACCCAUCCCACCCUUCUUCCGUACCCAUGUCAGCCGCCUCUGCUCUAGGACUAAUAAUAGUGCCAAGCCGCCAUGUGUAGUUAAAGAAUGUGUUGCAGUAGAGGUGGUGUUUAUGAACCCGCUCAAGAUCCCUUUGAAUCUGACCAACUUGAAGCUGCUCUGGACCUUCACACCAUCAUCAGGCAGUGAUCAGGUCUCUAAUGAGUUCACAUCUCACGAGGAACUUGUUCAGACUGAAGUAGUGGGUGCCUUUGCAAUAAGCGGGGGAGAAACAAAAAAGGCCCGUCUCACACUGCGCCCACAGGCCACGGGCCAGCUGUCAAUCACAGGACUUCGCUACAGCCUCAGCAGCGUCGCUAUUGGGGCCCCUGUGGACGAGGACCUUGGCCCAGGCUCUGAACCUAACGCUGCUGUCUCGGCUGUGAGCAUGCUAGGGAGACUGGACCUUAGGGUGCGAGGGUCGCGACUCAAUCAAACUAAAAUAGAGAAGACAAGCAUUCUUUACGGGGAGGAUAACCGGUUAAACCUCCAAGUGGUACCAGCUAUGCCUAGAUUGCAGGUUCGCUUCCAAAAAUUCCCACAACGUUUACUUUGUGGUGAGCUUGUCAGGACAACUGCCGAGUUCACCAAUUUAGGGGAGUGCAGUAUGUCCCGCCUGCACCUCGCCACAACCACGCCCGAGUACAUCAGCAUCGGCACUCCUGACCACACCCUUGAUAGCACCUCUAUCUAUCAGACUGCUCCAACCAUAGGAGAGCCGGUUAUGCGUCGUCUAGCCCCUGAAUUUGACGUCCGCAGGGUUUCACCUGUCCCUAUACCUGGUGGUAGCAUACCUCCUGGAGGGUCGGUCAAAUUACCUGUGUGGCUUGGUGGAUGUGAAGAUGAAGGGGUACAGCCCAAGGAAUUUAUGUUCUAUUACGAGUCCACUGAACAAAACCCCCAAAUGAGUUACCGCAUCCUUCAGCAUGCCACGACGGUGCAUGUCAUGAACUCGUUACAAGUGCGUGCUACAGCUAGGCGCAGCAGACACGUCACCAGCGCCCAGAACAGUUCAGAUCAAGACAAGCUGGUUGUGGUGCUGGACAUUGAGAAUCGAGUUGAUAGCUCAGACUCCAAUAGGCUAGGUGAACUGGAAGUGACUCAGGUUUCAUGUGUCAGUCGGAAGUGGAGGUUACAACCUCUUAGCCACAACUGCAAAGAUGGCGUGCUUCUGGUGCGGCCUGGGGAGACUAUCAUGACACAACUCAGCGCCUCCAAAGUGGCAGAUGACUCUUCCUCUAACUCGUUCGCCUUUAGUCACGUGUCAUUCAAAGACAAGAAUCUGGUGAGUUUAGAGGGACCGAUUGAACAUGAUCUUAUUGACAGCUCUGCCACACCUGCAACAGAUUUCUUCUUUCGGUCACGUGCAUGGAAGGAGAUUUGCAGCGGAAAUAAUUCCAGAAACACUUCGCUGGACAUAGGGCUUGUGGUAUUUUGGACGUCUUCUUACAUCGAUGAGCAUCUUCAAAAGAAGACUUUGUCAGGGCAGAGUCACGUCACCAUCAGUACCCUUGCUGAGUCCCUUGCUGCCGUCAAACCACAGCCCCCACCAACAGAGUUCACAACACCAUCAGUACCCAGUCCCCUCGCGUCCAUAGACAGCCGUGAGCUUCUGGUUAAAUAUUCAAUCAAACACGAAGCACAUAUUUCCCAUGACUUCACUUCUUCAAGGCUGGUGUCUGUGCCUGUUGAUGUCAUUCUCUAUAAUUGUUCACAAUCCAUGAUACAACUGUACGUCGAAAGAUUGAUUAGUCCCACGCCAGUUGCUGUCUCAAGACUCCUGACGGAUGACCCAGUCUCCGUCUCGCUAGAGGUGGACUCCGCCACAGUUAUCCCGCACAAAUCAUUCGUCUUUGUAGGCCAGACUUCCCGCCGUUUACAGCUUGCGCCAUGCUCCUCCAGCCUGCUCCAGUUCCUCGCGGUCAUCUCCGUACCAGGCGUUUUUGAUCUCAAUCAGUUUCGCGUACUGGCCGUUGAUCUCAGCUCUGAGCUCCAGGAUUUUGAUCUGAGCCAAUUUACGGAGCAAAAGCGUUCUCCCCCAAGCCUUAUAGUUGUAGAGAAUUUGCAUGGAGCGUGCAGCCGAUCCACAGCUCAUAAAGACUCUCUGAUUGAACUAGAAGCAACCUAAGUUGUCUGUUUGAAUACCGAUGCGUAGUUAAGAGUGCCAUGCAUGACCUAAGUGCUGUGAGCCCUGUUGAGAUAUGAACCACGACAGACUACGCGCAUCAUCAUCAUCCACAUAGACGAAUCAUAUUCUAGUUUCUGUAUUGCCAUAUAUGACGUCAUUCCUAGACAAAUUUUGACACCACCCUAUUUUCAAGAUGGCGAUCUUUCUGGCGUAAUGACUUGAAUAUGACAUGAUCAAUGAAGAAAUGCUUUGAGAAUUUUAGGUAGCAUUGCGUAGUAUUUAGAAAUUAUGACAAUUAUUUUAUUUACAAAUAUUAGGGUACCCUGUGGUAUUGAUUAAGAAGCUUGUCAAUCCUGUCAUCUCUUUGCUUCUUGGCGGUGCCUUGUAGGUACUGUCACGAGACUGCACCCCUGCCCUCUGGCUGCACCCUCUGUCGACGGGUGCCUACGACCUAUCACCUUCACAUCUACAUGUCCGUUCCUGUUGUGAAAAACUCUUGCUCUGUAUAACAGUAAAAAAUAAAACUUUUUUACUUUGAAAUCUUAUAAAAUAACUUCUAGUGAAA